AGGGGAGGGAAGAAGAAGCAGGAUAAAGUUUCCUGAGCAACAGAGUAAAACCACUUGUGAAACAAGAGAGCUGCAAGUGCAAAGUGAGGCUGUGAAGAUCCAGCAGGACUAUGGGUUCCUUACUAUGCUCAGUCACUUUUUCUCCUCCUUUAGAUCUGUAUAUAUGUUUUUUUGGGUAUGGCUUAGUGUAAUCUGUGUUAGCCACACCAGGCUCCAGGGAGCAGCAAGAAUCGGUUGCCUAGCAGAGGUUGCUCUUGAAGGGCUGAACAGAAUUGUACUGGAAACCUUAGGGAGGCUCCCAUCCCUCCCUGGUUGCUUUCGAGAGGGAUUUGCCUAUUGGAGGUGGUCCUUGGUGCAGGUACUGUGUGCAUGUGUGUACACAGUUCAUGCAUCACAGGUAUUUGACAGUGUGUGAGAGAGAGGAAUAUUCUUGUUGAAUAAACAGGUGCAGACGGUGCCUGGAGGGCAGCACUGACUGUCUGGCUGCAGCAACAGCAGUGAGAGAAGGUGAACAUGAGUAGCCCCACCACGAAGCCGACCUGCCUGUCACAGCCGAUGGUGAAGAGUGUGCUGGUGUAUCGCAACGGGGACCCGUUCUUCCCGGGGCACCGGGUAGUCAUCCAUGAGAAGAAGGUGUCCAACUUCGAGGUCUUCCUGAAAGAGGUGACAGGUGGGGUGAAGGCUCCUUUUGGGGCUGUGCGUAGCAUCUACACCCCCCAUGGAGGGCAUCGCGUCCGUCAGCUGGAGCAGCUCCAGAGUGGAGAGCACUACGUGGCUGGUGGCAGGGAGGCCUUCAAGAAACUCAACUAUUUGGACAUAGGAGAGGCAAAGAAAAAGCCUGCAGAAGUCAAUAAUGAGCAACAACCUUCAGUUGUCUUAUCCACUGAUCAGUUUUUGACAUGGAUUUCUGGAACAAGUUCUGCAGUCUUUAAUGAGGUACAACUCCAGUUGCUGCAUUUAACAGUGGAAGAUGUGAAACCAGUUACCCACAGUAGAAUCAAUGUGUCAGCACGGUUUCGAAAACCACUUCAAGAGCCAUGCACUAUUUUUCUGAUUGCUAAUGGAGACCUUAUAAAUCCAGCAGUGCGCCUCUUCAUCCCUAGAAAAACACUAAAUCAAUGGGAUCAUGUUCUUGAAAUGGUAACAGAAAAAGUAACCCUCCGAAGUGGAGCUGUGCACAGGCUUUAUACUUUAGAUGGAAAACUUGUUCAGAGUGGGUCAGAUCUGGAGAAUGGGCAGUUCUAUGUUGCAGUGGGCAGAGACAAGUUUAAGAAGUUGCCUUAUGGUGAUCUACUGUUUAGCAAAUCUACAAUAAGAAGACCUCAGGGUUCCAAAGCCUCUUCACUGCCUCCUGUUGUGGGAUCCCGAAAAUCUAAAGGGAGUGGAAAUGAUCGCCAAUCUAAAUCGACUGUUGGCUCCCAUGACACAGGAGACAUGGUGUCAUCUCCUCAGCCUCCAAAGAGAAAGGAAAAGAGAGAACAGACUCAAGAGAAGAUUAGUUUUUCUAACAAACCCACAAAAGUGAAGCAAAAUAUAAGAGCAACAACUUAUAUCCUUCAAGAUAAUGAUGAAGGUAUUUACAAAGCUGGUGAAAAACGGUCUGAAACGUGGGGGGCAGCGGAAAUCCAGGAAGAUGAAGACACUCAGGUAGAGGUUCCAGUAGAUCAGAGGCCAGCAGAAACAGUAGAUGAGGAAGAAAAUGAAGAAGAGGGAAAUGAUGGAGACAUGAAUGGAGAUCAGGGAGAGGAAAUGGGGGAGGCCGCUAAUGGAAAUGUUCUCCAUAAUGAGAUAGAAGAAAAUGAAGAGAAAAUAAAUGAGAAUUAUGAAGAAGAGCAAGAAGAAGAGAAUCUUGGACAGCUGGAGGAAGAGGGGCCUUUCCGCUUAAAUGGUGAAACUAAUGAAGAAAAUGGUGAGGAAAUGGAGCAGUUUAAUGACCACAAUGAUCUUCAUCCUGAAGAAGAAACAAAAGCACCAGAGGACUUUGACAAUCAAAGCCAGAUUGACUCUCAUCUGGAAAAAGCAUCAAAUCCAAGAGUAACUAUCACCAGCCCACAAGAAAGUGAAAAAAAUGACCAAACCAAUGAGUAUGCUGCUGUAGCAUAGACUUUUUAAAAAGUAGAUUAGCAGAAAAUGAAGGAUUGUAAUAUUUGGCAUUUAAAGCAUGUUGUUAUCUGUGAUUGAUAAUUUAUAAUGUGAAGAUACAGUUGAGUACCACCUAUUGAGUCUUGAAAUGAUAAUGCCGUAUGGAUUGACAGAGAUAAUGAACAUCCUAUUAAAAGGAAGAUUGAAUUAUUUUCACAAUACGUGGCUUACUGAUGAGAUUUUAGGGGGGAAAUGUAAGGGUUUUUGUUUAGAAAUACUAUAAAUAAGUGAGCUAUUCCUUCUUUGGUAUCAGAUGAUAGUUCUAGAAUCAACCCCAUGUGUUAGUCUUCCAAUGUGCUCCAAAAAAGCAUUUGUUAGACAUCAGAGUUUUUUAGCAAUUUUGUUUAGAAAAGAAUAUUUUUGUGACUUCUAAUGUAUAAUGUAUAAUGUUUUUCUUAGAAUAAUAAACAGCUAGAAAUAUGAGGUAUA